AACCAGAUUUGGAUCUUCUUUAAUUUUUCUCACUCUCCAGUCCAACGCCUGGCCAUAAUCCUCCUGUUUCGGGUAUAAAGGUUUCAACUUUGCGUGGAAUGCGUGAGCGGGGUUGAUGGAGGAGUAGAGUUUCUCAUAUUGUUCUCUGCUGUACGGAAGUCUGUGGAUUGGAGGAGGCUUGUAAUGCAGGAGGGAGGAGUGGAGAGGAUUCUGGUUUGGAGGCCGAGGAGUCGGAGGAAAGAGGAGAGGUGUUAUUGCGUCUGCUAGGGUGUUGCAUCUUUGUUCUGUUUGUUUGGUUUUGAUUAGGGUUUUUUGAGAUGGCGAUGGUGAUCAGUGGUAAGGAGGCGGGAAAACAGCUAAUGGAUGCCGGGAAGUAUGUGAGGUACACACCAGAGCAGGUGGAGGCUCUGGAGAGAGUGUACAGUGAGUGUCCGAAGCCUAGCUCCAUGAGGAGGCAGCAGCUCAUAAGGGAGUGUCCGAUACUCGCUAACAUCGAGCCGAAACAGAUCAAGGUCUGGUUUCAGAACCGGAGAUGUCGGGAAAAGCAGAGGAAGGAAUCCUCACGUCUUCAGACUGUUAACAGAAAACUGACUGCCAUGAACAAGUUGCUGAUGGAGGAAAAUGACCGGUUACAGAAGCAGGUUUCUCAGCUUGUUUAUGAGAAUGGUUAUAUGCGACAGCAGAUUCAUACUACAUCUGUGGCUACCACAGACACAAGCUGUGAGUCUGUAGUAACAAGUGGUCAGCAUCAUCAGCAGCAGCAAAACCCAACGCCUCAGCAUCCGCCAAGGGAUGCUAACAACCCAGCUGGUCUACUCGCAAUUGCUGAGGAGACCUUAGCAGAGUUCUUGUCUAAAGCUACAGGAACUGCUGUUGAGUGGGUUCAGAUGGUUGGUAUGAAGCCUGGUCCGGAUUCUAUUGGAAUCAUUGCUGUAUCCCACAAUUGUAGUGGUGUAGCAGCUCGAGCUUGUGGUCUUGUGAGUUUAGAGCCUACUAAGGUUGCAGAGAUACUCAAAGAUCGUCUGAAUUGGUAUCGCGAUUGUCGAUCCCACGAUGUGCUAACGGUUAUCCCUGCGGGAAAUGGUGGAAAUAUUGAACUUAUAUAUAUGCAGACAUAUUCGCCUACUACUCUGGCAUCAGCGCGUGAUUUUUGGAGUCUUAGAUAUACCGCAGGUUUAGAAGAUGGCAGUUUGGUGAUUUGUGAGAGGUCUUUGACUCCUUCAACUGGUGGCCCAACCGGACCUCCUGCAACUAAUUUCGUCCGAGCUGAGAUUCUUCCUAGUGGUUAUCUAAUCCGACCCUGUGAGGGUGGUGGUUCAAUGAUAUACAUUGUUGAUCAUGUUGAUUUGGAUGCUUGGAGUGUGCCCGAGGUUCUAAGGCCCCUGUAUGAGUCUCCAAGAAUUUUAGCUCAAAAGCUAACCAUUGCUGCACUUCGUCAUAUUAGGCAGAUUUCCCAGGAGAGUAAUAGUGAAAUUUCCUAUGCUGGAGGGCGUCAACCCACUGUGCUAAGGACUUUCAGCCAGAGGAUGAAUAGGGGGUUCAAUGAUGCUAUAAAUGGGUUUCCUGAUGAUGGUUGGUCUUUAAUGGGAAGUGAUGGUGUGGAGGAUGUGACAAUUGCCAUCAACUCAUAUCCUAAUAAGCUUUGCGGUCAUUCAGGCUCGUCAAUGUUUUCUUCACUAGGAGGUGGUAUCUUAUGUGCUAAAGCAUCCAUGCUGCUUCAGAAUGUGCCACCAGCUUUACUAGUUCAGUUUCUGAGGGAGCAUCGAUCGGAGUGGGCCGAUUCAAGUGUUGAUGUUUAUUCAGCUGCGUCACUGAGAGCCAGUCCUUAUGCAGUUCCUUGUUUGAGGGUCGGCAGUGCUUUUCUGGGUAGCCAUGUUAUUAUUCCUCUUGCUCAUACUGUGGAAAAUGAAGAGGUCCUAGAAGUUGUUAGGCUGGAAAGUCCUGGUUUUACCCAGGAAGAUGUUCUUUCUAGGGACAUGUAUUUGUUGCAGCUAUGUAGUGGUAUUGAUGAGAAUGCAGUUGGUGCCUGUGCACAACUUGUUUUUGCUCCUAUAGAUGAAUCCUUCGCAGAUGAUGCUUUCCUCCUUCCUUCAGGCUUUCGGGUGAUACCACUAGAUGCUAAAACUAACCCGCCAUCUACUACACGAACACUAGACCUUGCUUCUGCUUUAGAAGUUGGAGGUGGCGGAACUGGAAGAGUUGCCAAUGAUUCAGGAUUGAACUCGGGAAACUCAAGGUCGGUUCUUACAAUCGCAUUCCAAUUCACAUUCGAGAACCACCUCCGUGAAAAUGUCACAGCAAUGGCUCGACAAUAUGUUCGAAGUGUUGUGGCCUCGGUGCAGCGGGUUGCCAUGGCAAUUUCUCCUUCACGAAACCAAUUAGGAAUGAGGCAUACACCUGGCUCCCCUGAAGCUCACACACUAUCACUAUGGAUUUCUAGAAGUUACAGGUUCCAUACUGGAAUUGAACUCAUAAGAACUGAUUCUCAAGCUGGCGAGACUCUGAAGCUUCUGUGGCAUUAUUCUGAUGCAAUAAUGUGCUGUUCUCUCAAGUCUUCUCCAUUGUUCACCUUUGCCAACCAAGCUGGACUUGACUUGCUGGAAACCACUCUCGUAGCUCUCCAAGACAUUUCACUGGAGAAGAUACUUGAUGACAGUGGCCGAAAGGUGCUCUGCUCUGAGUUCCCUAAGAUUAUGCAGCAGGGGUUUGCCUAUCUUCCGGCUGGCAUCUGCAUGUCAAGCUUGGGCAGGCCGGUGUCCUACGAGCAGGCCAUUGCAUGGAAGGUCUUAAAUGAAGAUGACUGUCCCCAUUGUCUGGCUUUCAUGUUUGUGAACUGGUCUUUUGUUUGAAGGUCAUCGAGUGCCAGAGCUUUUUAUAAGUUAUUAUAUUUAGUUGUAAGAACAUGGAACCUCAGCUUUUGCUGCUUUUAUCUAUCGUCUUUUUAGUACUUAGUGGUGCCUUUAACGGCUCUUUUGGCUGUCUGCUAGAUUUGGGACUUAUUUUGUAUUUUGGCUUGGAUUUUUGCUUAUAAAUUAACACGAACCAAGUUCUAGCACAGUGGAAGAUUCUUUUGUGAAGUUGUAAUGUCAGCAAGCAUGGUAUGUCUUUUAAACAAAAUGAUGCUUUUUUAUUCAGGUUUAUUAUGAUAUUUUUUUGUUUUCUAGUAUCUUUGUAAAUAACUGGAGAAGGCAUCUUGAAGGGCAAAUAUUUGGGCCAAGUUAAUGAAACAAGGGUGAUCUUAGAAGUCCCUUCAUCAUUUUGAGCAUUCCUAUGAAGAUGGCUAUUAAAGGUAGAUUAUUAUUGAGAAUGAAUGUCCUUUAUCAUCUAGAUUCAA